AUGUGGCCCAUAUGCUUGCUAUUCAACAAGAUUCUUAAAACAGGAGAUGAAAGAGAAAUAAAGGGAGAAAAUCUGAAGGUGAUUGAACCAUACCUGUUUCAGAAUUUAUCAUGUAACAUAGAUUCCAAUCCUCUGUCAUUACGGCGUUCACUUUUCAUUGAAGUGCCACACAUAAAUCAAAUAUAUACAUGGGACUGCGGCCUUGCUUGUGUGGUAAUGGUUCUGAAAACUAUUGGUGUCAACAACUUCGAUAUUCAAGCACUGGCUGACCUGUGCUGCACAAAUAGCAUUUGGACUGUUGAUUUGGCGUAUUUGUUACAGAGAUUUUCUGUUACUUUUUCCUACUUAACAGUGACAAUUGGUGCAAACCCAAACUAUUGUGGUGAAUCCUUUUACAAGGAGGAAUUGCCUAAAGAUCUAGUAAGAGUGGAUACGCUGUUUCAGGAUGCAAUGGAGGCUGGAAUUGAUAUACAGUGCAGGUCACUUAGUGAAGAGGAGAUUUCCUUUCUCAUAUUGUCUGGGAAAUAUUUAGCCAUUGCAUUAGUUGAUCAUAAUAAAUUGAGUCAUGCAUGGGAAGAUGUUCAUGUCACCGGCGUCCUCAGCAAUAACUCUGACUACACAGGUCACUAUGUGUUGAUAUGUGGCUUUGAUGCUGGAGCAGAUAUGUUUGAGAUCAGAGAUCCUGCUAGCUCUAGGAUCUAUCACGGGUCUAUUAGCCUACCCACAGCUGUCCUAUCCUGUAAACUUCAUGCUCCUGGUGUCCAACAGUGA